AAAGAGCCGCUAAACUGCCCGGGGUAGGUGGGGGCUUCUAAAGUUUAGGGAGGUAGUAGUUAGUGUAUUUAAACAUUUCUAGCAUUUCCCACCAUUAUACACUAUAUCAGCACAUAUUAACCCCCGAGUCCCUGGAACAGCUGGAAUCUUAUCAGCGAAGCUUUCGAGCUCCCGCGUUUGCUUGCUUCAAAAAAAUCGAAAGCAUAUCAUUCGUAGCCUCCCCCAAGUUCGAAUUUUCCGAGCUUCCAUUCAAGGUAACAUUCCUAACAUACGUCAGCCUGACAUACGUACCUACCUACCUAUAUCCAUCCGUGCUGUCCCAUUUCUCCCGACUUUCAUCUACUCCGUUCCCAGGAAGCAUAUUUGGGGAAGCGAUACCUCAACAUGGAUCGUCACACAACACCGCCGUUUAUGUUACGGCUCUUCUACCGAACCGGCGCAUUUCACAGGCCCGAUGAAUUCAAUACCUCGCAGCUUCCGCCGCAUAUGCCAAUAUAUACCUGGCCCGACUGCACCUUAACAGAGCUUACUUACAUCAUCGCUGCUUUGAAGCCAUCUCUCGUCCCUGAUCCGGCUAUCGGCACCCGUUUCGCAUUCCGUCUCAUCUUUCCAGACACGCGAAGCACUUCAGGCCCGACGACGUCCAAGUACGCUGUUAAAGACUUGGGCAGCGUGAUAGUUGGUAACGGGGGCCGAGGAUUAGACCCUGACGACCCCGAGGCUGAGAAGACGCUCGAGUCUGAAGGCGAUAAGACUCUAAAGGAGGCUAGGUUUGUGGUCGGUGAUUUUAUUUCAUGCGCCAUCCUCCCUCCCCUACCAGACGGUUCCGUUGCCCCUGUUUCUAGCGCAAAGGUCGGACGAAGUACUGGUGCUAGCGAGCCCAGGGCUGCUAUAGGUCGUACCCCCAGUGGUUCCUUCAGCAGAAGAGAACAGGAGAACGGGAAUGACCGCUCUGGUAGACUAAGGAAUAGCGGGAGGGGAUACGACGGGUUUGGAAAUCGUAGUAGCAUACCGAUGGGCGAAUGGAGGAGAGGAGAACGAUUACCUGAGUCGCCCCCCGCAGGACGUGGUAGAGGGAUAAGACGGACAUAGGACAC